AUGCCACGAAUUCGCAUACAGACCAGCGCGGAACUGAAACGCCCGAUCGUGCGCAAUCGUCGUGGCGAUAUCAUAAACCUCGAGGACCUUCGCCCCAUCCAACCAAACCUUAAAGUACCCCGUGUUUCCAGACUGCCAAUUCACCUGCAGGACAAUCUUAUGCCACUCGCCCGCGCUCACGGUGCCCAAGUUGGGAAAGGUCCUCGUGGCCUGGUUGCAGAUUGUCCCCGUCUUCACGCGCGAGUACAGCUGGUUCCCCUGCAGCCAGAUCAUGGUGGACGGCAUCCAGUCCUCGCAGCCGCUAUCGGUGAAGUCGGCGAUGAACUGCGCGAGGUUGUAGGACUGGGAGGUGAACUCCCAGUUCUGCUGCAGGCGGAAGGCGAAGCCGUAGAAGCCUGUGUCGCCGCGUUUGUAGACGUUGUUCUUCACGACUUCGGAGUGGUAUCGGCCGCUGUAGCUGCUGUCAUAGGUUUGGAUGGCUUUGAUGGCGGUGGAACCCUGGUAGACGACGUUGGUGACUUGUUCGAUCUUGCCGUUGUGUUCUUGGUUGAUGGAGUCCCAGCCAGAGGUGGUGCCGGUGUUGCUGAAGAUCUGGCUGGCGGAGGCAGUAAGGCUGAGUGCCAUCAAGGCAGCCGUGGAGAAGAGUUUCGAAUGCAUGUCGGAUCAAGGAGAGGAAUCUCAGAGGCUGCUGGAAUGAAUAAAGAUUGA